AGCCACAUGGCUUCAGUCACUUUCUGUCACGCAAAUUCAGGACAUGCCACCAGGGAUCUCGGGAAUGGCGGAGUUGGAGGAGCCCAUUCCAACCGCCCACAUUGAGGUGACCCGGAUGUCAGUAAGACAGUUGAAGGCGGAGCUUGCAGCCAGAGAUGUUGACAUCUCCCACUGCCGAGAUAGGUCGGAGCUGCUGGUGCUGCUGCGGAAGGCGCGAACCGCUGGACCCUGGGAUAGUGGCAGUUUCGCCCGGAAGCGCGACAAGACUCAUUGCUGGGUGGAGUUGGUAGAUGGACGCCAAGCCCUUUGCCACUAUGGGGAGGGCAGCACCGGCAUCAUGAACGUGGAUGAGUUGGAGCCGAUCGCAGCAGCGGAGUUCCCCAGUCCACAGCGAUUUGAGGGCACCUUCGAGGCUGCCAGGGCCGAAGCCUUCUUGAAGUCCAAGCUGCUUGUUGUGGCCAUUGUUUCAGGAAGAGGUAAGCCGGUGCGAGAGGAGGCCAUGCAGUACUUGGCUCUGGCUUCUGAUGAGGUUCGCACUAUGCUUCGUGAGAGCGCGGUGUUUUGGAGAGGAAAGCCCCUGGAGUUGAAGGACACCCAGCUGCGCCAGCUGGCUCCCGUGGAUCUUCUUCCCUCUUUGGCGGUGGUGGUGCCGCUUGCGGCGGACGCCAUGACGGUGAUCCUGGCGGUCCCCGGGGCCAUCACUCGCGCGCAGACGCUGGAGAGCAUCCUGGAAGGCGUGGAGGCCAUGGAGGUCCACCGCCAGGUCAUGUUGGCCCGGCAGAACGAUGAGGAUGCGCAGCUGCGCCAGGCCCAGGACCGCGAGUACGCGGAGGCGCUGGCGCAGGACCAGGCGGCGGAAGCCGCCCGGCAGGAGGCCAGGCAGGAGCCCCCAGCCCCGCCGGAUGAUGCGCGGGCCUGGGCUGAGGAGUUCCUCCAGGAGGGCCCCUCUCCCAGCAGAGUGGAUCCUGUCCGACUGGUCCUAAAGCUGCCCAGCGGCGAACGCGUGGAGCGCACCUUUGAGGCGCAGGACCACCUGUCGCGCGUCUGCCAGUGGGCCCAGUGCUGCCCUUGGCUGCCUGAGGCAGAAGGUCGGCAGUUACAAAUCCCGGCAUCCUUUCAACUGGCAACUGCAUUUCCAAGACGGAGGUUUGCAGCGAGUGAGCUGGAGAGCACUCUCAGAGAGUUGGGCCUUGCACCCAGUGCAGCCUUGUUGCUAGAGGAGGAGUCUUGAUAGAUUCGGCCAGCUUCAAAGAAGCUUGGCUUUGUAGGCAGCUAUGCUCAAUUGAGACGUUCUGAAAGGGCCUGAUUGGAGACAUUGGAGGGUAUGAUGGUUGGAGCAGCUCGCUCAAUGCUAGCGUGUUAUGGUACCUGCCAGCCUGUGAUUUGCCGCAUGCAUGCUCAAACAAUUUGCUCCAGACCGUAGGUGCCGC